AAAGGCUUGCCCACAACUUUUAGAAAUCAGUCGGCAAACGCAACCUUAAACCCUGCGCCUUGCCAGACCCACAGCAGCACAUCCUCUACACAAGUUCCGAAACGAUUCAGCGCUCUUAUAUGUACUCUGAGGACUUCUUCAGCAGCGUCGUCUAAGAGUACUUUCAAGUUGCAGGUGUAUUCAUUCACAAGUUGCAACCAUCACAUGGUGCUGUAGACUCCGACCUGGACUCUGAUAGACCUUUCACUUUGCAAAGACUUUUUGGGAAUAGCGUCCCAGUGGAAGGCUUCAGCACCUGAAAUAUAUCGAACAAUAGAAGCUUAUCGCCGCACCGUUACCGUCGGCCUGAUCCCAAACACUUCUGUAAAGCCAUGCCUCACCACGCCGACGAAACUCCGCUCCUGCCAGACGGCGAUUCCUCCAAUCAUCCGCCAUCAACCAGAGCUUCAACCCGUCCCCGGCCCGUAACGGCCCCACACUUCCACCCCGCCGCCCCCGAACUCGAACACGAGGACUUUUCCGACGAUGAGGACAACCCAACCGAAAGCACCUCCCUCCUCCCCUCCCCCGCAACCGCCUCCCUGACCUCCGACGGCCCCAUAACCCUCCCCAUCCUCAAAGCGGAGAUCUUCGCCCUAUUCAAGCUCUCGUGGCCCGUCUCCCUCGGCUACAUCAUCUCCACCUCCCUCGGUCUCACGCAAAUCUUCGCGGUGGGGCAUCUUGGCACCACGGAGCUCGCCGCCGUCGCGUUGACUACCAUGCUGUGCAAUGUCACGGGGUAUUCGCUCGGCAUAGGCAUGGCGAACGCGCUUGAUUCGCUGUGUCCGCAGGCCUAUACGGGGGAUAAGGACCCGCAUGCGCUGGGGAAACAUUUGCAGCGCGGGAUUGUGGUGAUGGCGGCGUUGUGUGUGCCGAUUGCGGUGCUGUGGUUUAAUGCGGAGAAACUUUUGUUGUUGAUGGGGCAGAAUGAGGAGGUGGCGGCGUUGAGUGGACAGUUGGCGAGGUGGGCUUUCAUUGGGUGCUUUCCGUUUAUGGUGAAUGAUUGUAUGAAGAGGUAUCUUCAGGCUCAAGGCAUCAUGAAAGCGACAAUGGUAACCGCUCUGAUCGCCUCCCUCAUCAACAUGGUGCUGCAAUACACCCUCGUCUGGUCCCGCUUCUCUCUCGGCGUGAUGGGCGCGCCAAUCGCCACUUCCAUUACAUACUGGACCCUGCCGUUUCUCACCGGCUGUUACAUAAAAUACAUAGACGGCGGCGCAGCCUGGGGCGGCCUCUCCGCCCGAGACGCCUUCUCCAUCCCGCACCUCCGCCAAUUCCUUGCCCUCGGCCUGCCGUCGGUCAUAAUGACCUGCUCCGAAUGGUGGGCGUUUGAAAUCGUCGCCCUCGCCGCCGGCUGGCUGGGCAACAACGAGCUCGCGGCGCAAACCAUCGCCCUCAACACGUGCAGUAUGACCUACGUCCUCCCCAUGGGUCUCUCCAUCGCCGCAUCGACGCGUAUCGGGAACGCCCUGGGAGCGGUCGCGCCACGGACAGCCAAGGCAGGCGCAAUGGCAUGUGUGGUGCUGAGCGUCAUGCUCGCGACCGUGAACUUCACCGCGAUCUUUGCAGUGCGCAACCAGUGGGGGUGGGUGUGGAGUAGCGACCCGGAGGUCGUCAAGCUGGUGGCGAGCAUCCUGCCCCUCGCGGCCGUGUUCCAAGUUAGCGAUGCGCUGGGCGCUGCGUCCGGCGGGAUCUUGAGGGGGUGUGGACGCCCCGAGAUUGGGGCGUACAUCAAUUUGGCUGGAUACUACAUCAUAGGCCUCCCCAUCUCAUUCAUAGCCGCCUUCAAGUUCGACCUUGACAUCGCGGGGCUCUGGCUCGGGCUCACGGUCGCCAUCAUCCUGGUCUCGGCCACCACGUUGUUUAUCAUCUCGCGGCUGGAUUGGAAGGUGGAGGCUGCCAGGGCCGGGAAGAGGAUUCAGAGUAGUCAUGUGGGGGAACCGGCGGCGGCGGUGGCGGUUGAGGAGUGACUUUUUCGAACCGAGAGUAGGAAGUUAUGCAGAGACCACUUUGUGCCGGAUACUUUUUCCGUGUUUCCAAGUUAUUUUGUUAGCUUUUCUUCUUGUGGGUUUUGGGGUCUUUUGUUAUUAUAUAUAUGCGGACUGAAUGCGACAGUUACAGUUACAGUACAGUACAUACCCCGGCACGGUAAAUAGACCGUACGCCAUUUGUAUCUGUGCAAGUCCAUCAGCUUGUAUCAGCGGAGUGCAAAACGCCUUCUCUUGCAUUAAACACAGAUCGAACACGCCGCCCUGUUCAUCUCACAGCUACAUACACCUUUUCAAAUCGAACACCGGGCCUGACAGCCU